GGGACAUUCAGCUAUUGUGCGUGUUGGGGAGGGAACUCGAAAGUCUCAGCGUUGUUAUACUUCAAUGAAAGGACUCGGAAGUAAACAGUCUUUAACGGAUUUGUUUUAUUUAACCUUUAUGAUUUUACGAAUAUGACGUUUUCCUUUUGAUGCGAACUUGCGAAAUUGUGACUGAAAUUAUGAUCUAGUUGGCAAAGCGUGGCUCUUCACGCGUGGCUCUUCACAUGAGAUAAAGGUAAACAUUAACACAUGGUGAAUGUUACGAACUACUGAAGCAAGAAUUGUUCUCUCAUCAGCUUCGUGACAGAAGACCGACUGCAGUCCUUCUGCCUCCCUAUUCCAACUCUUUGACCCUUCCACCUCUCGCCAUGGAAGCCAGAGGAAAGUACGAGUUUAAUGCUACGGCAGAGGAUGAGCUGAGCUUCCGAAAGGGAGACAUCCUGAAAAUUCUAGGUAGUCAAGAUGAGUGGUUUAAGGCAGAGCUGCAUGGACAGGAAGGCUUUGUGCCCCAAAACUACAUUGAGAGACAAACCCCAAGCUGGUUCAAGGAAACGGCAAGCCGCAGCUCUGCUGAGGAGCUCCUGAUGUCUAGGGAGGUGGGGGGAUUCCUGAUCCGUGGCAGUCAGAGCUCCCCUGGAGAAUUCUCCAUCUCUGUCAGACAUGAGUUUGACGUGCAGCAUUUCAAAGUGAUGAAGGACAGCAAAGGCCACUACUUCCUGUGGUCAGAGAAGUUCAUUUCCCUCAACAAGCUGGUGGACUUCUACAAGAACACCUCCAUCUCCAAGCAACGGGACAUCUACCUUAGAGACGGUAGCCGGGAUGACCAGAGCCCAUCCGCACCCCAACCGUUGAAGAGAGGGAGUCUACCUGAGGAGAGGAGCUAUGGGGCCCCUACUGCAGCCACGUCACACCGCAGGGCCUCAGACCUUCCUCACAGUCAGCAGAGCAAGAGACCUGGGAUGGAGGAGAGGGCUCACACCAUAGGCACCCCUGGUAGAAACACCCCCCUAAACUCUCUCCCAGCACCCCAAAGGACAUCUGAAACCAUGCCUCAUCCACAGAGGGCAGUCAUACAGGUGAAAGCAGUGUACGACUUCACAGCGGAGGAAGGGGACGAGCUAGGCUUCCUUGCAGGUGAUGUCAUUGACAUUUUGGAUCACUCCGAUCCAUCGUGGUGGCAAGGAAGAUUGCGGGGUAAAAGUGGUCUGUUCCCUGCUAACUAUACCACACCAUUAUGAGGAAAGCUUAGAGAGAGAGAAGUCGCUCUUUGGACAUCUCCAAUCAUAUGGACUGUGAUGAUAAGAGUCGGCCAACACACAGAAACUUCAGCAGCCCAAACUGCAGGACUAAAAAGAAAUUGGUUCACAUAUGAUUUCUGAUAACAUAUGCUCACACAUUUAUUUUUAUUUUAAAGCUGGUGCUCAGCCUGAUACAAUUGACAUACCUAAAUGACACUGAUUUAUAAGCAGAGGCGGACUUACCAUUAGGCAGAAGAGACAAUUGCCUCAAGCCUCACAUCAUCAAGGUGCCUUAUGAACUGGGCAUAAUAAUAAAAUACUAGUAAUCUUAUUUUUUCCCCAAUAAUGUCUCUGCAUGAGACCCCACAACUGGUUUAUAAUAAUGGACUAUUCCACCUUGACAGAGUUCCCGUGCAUUGUUUCACACGAUAUGAUUGCAACUUUGACUUUCAUUGUAAUUAAGCUGUAUCAAUGAGGUGCUUUCACAGCGGGGCAGAGAAAUGUGCAAUUAACGCAACCAGUGAAAAUAAAAAGAAAGAAAGAAGAUUUAACAGAAAAAUGUUGUAAGUUAAUGCAUUUCUUUAGUCAAAAGAAGAGUGCUGCUUGUAAUACUGACAUUGUCAUCGAGGCAGAAGAGAUGUAUGUGUAGACAAUGUAUCUGAUGCAAUCUGGCCAGUCAUACGCUUUUUGGCUAGGCAGAAUCAGAUACAUUGGAACCAUAUAGAAAGACAGAGGGGCGUUGUUUUGCUCACUAGCAUAAUCGGAUAAUCUCCAGUGAGAUAGUUUGUCACUUACGAAUUGAAGGAAAGUUGUUUGGAUGCUACUUUAUGAAGUGAUUGUUUGACAAUCAGAUGAAAACAUCAUGACUUGUUGUGUCCAUUUUAAUCACAGCCCCCGCCCCCACAGGAGGCCUUUUGCCUUUUGGCAGGCCGUCAUUGUAAAUAAGAAUUUGUUCUUAACUGACUUGCCUAGUUAAAUAAAGGUUACAGGUUAAACAAAAAUGGCACAUUAAAAGGUCAUUUCUUUUUACAGUUAAAUGAUGUCUUUACUAUAAAACCAAUAGCAAAUUGUUGUGCACCCAAAUCACUAAGUCCGUCCCUGUUUAUAAGGGAACUUCCACAAGCCAACUACAGUGUCAUAUCCAUUGGAGGUUGAAAACUGGGAGCUAUGCUGCCACACAUUUACUGUUUGGUACUACACUUUUUGUAUUGUUACCUUUUCGUAUUGUUUGUAGUGCUUGCUUUUAAUUGUGAGGUCUCUAUAGCAAAUUAUGUCUUGUUAGUGAACUACCAAAUUUACAAUGUCAGUUUGGGUAUGCUUGUCAUCUGUCUAAAUUAAAACAAUGAUGUAUAUAAA